UCAACAACCAACUGUGUUUUCAGUAAAGGACACAGAUAUUUUUGCUAACACUUGGAUUACCAUAAGCUUAAUCGAGGCCUUUGUAUACGGAAGAAGCCCAAAGCCCACCGAGGAACAUCUCAGGCGAUCGAUCUAUUCCAUAAAAAGGUCUACAGAUAAAGCUGGGAACAGUUCAAACUCGAGGAUGACAAUAUGGCCACAGGAGUAUGAUACAGCUCUGAAGGCAUGGAUCAGAGGGCCAGUUAACCUAAUGAGACUAGGGAAAUGUAUGGCAGGUGACAAAGUGGAACAACUGUCCCGAGGGCCUGAUACGAGUGACCUUCACUCCAUCAUACGGCGUCUCACCUUCAGCAAGGAUUUAUUCAAUGUUCCGCCAGACUUUGGAUCAACAUUCAUCAACAUUGGACUUGGUUCAGUUCUUCGAUCGAUGAACAGCUAUUUCGUUGGUGCAUAUGAUACAUGGACGUCAAACUUUGCUAAUUCUAAUUCUGUAAUGGCGUCACUGAAGUACCACGCCUAUCGCCCGUUCUCUUCAACUAGACAAGCUUCAAACGUGGUCGACACCAGAACCUACUUCUUUCUGAGAAAGUUCCUGCAGGAAGCCAAAGGGGAACAGAAAGAUGUGUUGUUGGUUCCGCUAUGGGUAUGGUUUCGAAUUUUCAUUCAUUUUAGCGGAAAUUGUUCACUGUGUCAGAUAAAAUCGAGAAGAAAUGUCUGAUUUAUUUCUCACUGAUGGAGGGUAAAUAAUAGUUGUUUUCCCAAAACGACACACGUACAGAU